GACCAGUAAUUUGCGAACGACAAGAAAAGUGUGCGACCAUAAAAGUGCUGCGGAUAAAUUCCGAAAAAUCGUUGAAUCCUUUUAAAUAUAAGCCUGUUUGAUGCAAAAUGGGACUCUGCUCGUCCUGCUUCAAAGGAUCCAGUGAAGAGCUCAUUACCCCGGAUGCCACGGUGAGACGACAGCAGCAACUGGAAGCCGCCGAACGACGUCGCGUUGAAAACGAAACUAGAGGUAUCAAAGACCCUGAAAGAGUGCGCCGGAUGCAGCAAAAAUCUGAAGAAACCGCUAGAAGGGAGGAGGAAGCCGCUCGGAUGGGUGGUGGUCAAUCUGCUUUGAGAUGGACACAAGAUUAACGGAUUUCUGCGGAAGAGAUCAUCUUCUAUGUCUUAUUCAUGAUGUUUUGAUACGAAAUCACCAAAUCGAGAAAGAUAAUAAUAUUUCAUAUACGUUUAUUUAUAUCUUAUGUGUAUAGUUGAGUACUAGGUUGAGUAUUAAUUUUCAAGAAGAACAUCGAUAACUAACUGGUUUUGUUUUUUCAUCUACCGAUACUUUCAAAUUCUCGUGCUUUAUACUCUGUCGAGUGUCGGGUGUUUAAAAUUUAUUGAGCACAGUAUGAACAUUCAAACUUUCAUGUGACUUAAUUACUGGUAUGAUGAAACAUUAUUUAUCAUGUAUGCAUUUUUCCCAUAUUUAUAUGUAAAAGUACACACAUACAAGAAAUAUACAUGCUAACAACAUUUAUUUUACUGAAUAA